AUGAAAUCCUUGAAGGAACCAUGUUAUGAUAAUGACUUUGAAAUUGGAUUAACUCGAUCUGAAGAGUCAAUCAACCUUGAUGAGGAACUAACUCCUGCAGGUACUGAUAGAAAGCAUAUUCCUGAAAAUGAAAUGAUUGUUUAUGAUCCUGAUCCUCAGGAGGAACAAGGCAUAGUUAGUAACAUUGGGUCGCUGAGGGAGCAUAUCUUUCGGCGUGGGUUUAGGCAAGACUACCAUGUAUGUGUUUGUCACGGUGAGGAGGGUAUAUAUGAUGGUGGGAAUGCAGUUGUUAACGUUGUGCAUGAAAGAGGUGAGUUUGAUGUCAUUGAGAAUGACGAGAACCUCGAGGACGAAUAUGAGAAUAUUGAGGAUGAUGAUGAUGAUAGGGACCAUGUCAAGGAGAUGAUGGAGGGGGUGGAUGAUCAUGCUGGGAAAAAGCCUCCUAUUUUUGAGUGCAUGGCCGAGGCGUCUCGGAAAUCGUUGUAUCCCGGUUGUACGAGGUACACCAAGCUGACGAUCGUGAUAACACUCUUUAACAUCAAGACGAAAGCCGUUAUAAGUGACUCAGCUUUCACUUGUUGCAAGCAUUUAUUUGGUGAUAUGUUGCUGGACGACCAUGAACUGCCCAAGUCGAACUACUAUACAAAGAAACCGAUGUGUCCUUUCAGUUUGGAGUACCAGAGGAUACAUGCUUGUCCAAACGAUUGUGUGCUAUAUCAAAAUGAAUAUGCGAAUAUGGAUGAGUGUCCUCGAUGUGGGAAGUCGCGUUAUAGGCGUGUAGGGGUUGGUGAUAAGAAAGGGCCUCCAACAAAGGUGAUGUGGUAUCUUCCGAUUAUACCACGAUUCAAGCGCAUGUUUUCAAUCAAGAAAGAUGCUAAGAACUUGAGGUGGCAUGCAGAACGAAGGAAAGAGGACGAUUUUCUCAAACAUCCGGCUGAUGCUCCUAAGUGGAAAGGUAUCAAUCGGCUGCAUAAGACCUUUGAUGCCGAGGAUAGAAAUUUGAGGCUUGGCCUAUGUACGGAUGGGAUGAACCCAUUUGGCACUCUUAGUUCUCAACAUAGGCCGAAACAGCUUGGAAACGACAUAAAUGUCUACCUCCAACCACUUGUUGAUGAUUUGAGAAAAAUGUGGGAUGAAGGAGUUUUUGUGUAUGAUGCACAUGCUGAUGAAGUCAAGGGUAUUGAAAUGAUAUUCGACAAAGGAGCGAGUGAUGGUGGUAAGAGACUUUGGAAAAAGGAGUCUAUUCUGUGGAAACUUCCAUAUUGGAAGAAUCUAGAGGUCCAUCCCUACUUAGAUGAGCAUAUGGAGGAGUUGCGUGAUCAGAAUCCAGGAAAAGAGACUAGAGCAUUGAUGCAGUUGCAUAAUAAGACAUUUAUUGAUUGGUUCAUAACUGGUUAA